UGCCGGCUCCGUCCCGCCCCUUCGCGCCGGCGCAGCGCUGCGGCCGGGAGCGGCGUGGCCUCGACGGGGCGGACCCGGGUCGUCCCCGCGGGCGGAGAGGAGCGGCAGCAUGGGGGUGGCGGGGCCGUGGGUGCUGCGGGUCGGGCUGGGGCUGGGAGCGCUGGCCUUGCUUCUGCAGGGACUGAGGGGCUGGCUGGCCUGCAAGCGGUACGAGUUCCAGCCCGCCGAGAUCGCCGAGCUCGCCCGGCACCACGCGGGGCUGGAUCACGAGCUGGCUUUCUCCAAGAUCAUCGUGGAGCUGCGGAAGAAGCACCCGGGGCACAUCCUGCCUGAUGAGGACCUGCAGUGGGUGUUUGUGAACGCGGGCGGCUGGAUGGGCUCCAUGUGCCUGCUGCAUGCCUCCCUCACUGAGUACGUGCUGCUCUUUGGGACAGCCAUCGACACCGGGGGGCACUCAGGUCGCUACUUUGCAGAAAUCUACGACACCAUCAUCUCAGGCACUUUCCGACAGUGGAAAGAGGGCACCACCAGAAGUGAGGUCUAUUAUCCUGGGGACACCAUCGUGCACCAGGCGGGAGAGGCCACGUCAGUGCAGUGGAGUGCGGGUACCUGGAUGGUGGAGUACGGCCGAGGCUUUGUCCCCUCCACACUUGCCUUCGCACUGGCAGACACCAUCUUCAGCACUCAGGACUUCACCACCCUCUUCUACACCCUGCGCGCCUACACCAAGGGCCUCCUCCUGGAAGCCAAUGCCUUCUUCGGCACUUUGGGCUGCUGAGCCCGGCUGGACAGUGUUCCCCAACAGCCUUCCUCCCCCUUCCUUCUCCUCCCUCUCUUCUCUGGGCUGCAGAUCCCAAAACCUGGGGGUGAGGAUGCUGGUGCAUCCAGCACCAAGCAGCCCCUGGGAGGUUUCCUGUGUGCCAUCCAGGCUAGCAGGCAGCCGCAGCUAUGGUCAGCACGGAGCACAGUGUCCAGCUGGCAGCUCCCACCAUGGCUCCCAGGUGCUGGCAGCACACAAUGUCCCCAAGCACCGCGGGAGGAUGCCCAGGCAGUAUGGGGAUGAUCAGCCUCUGUGCUGAAGGUCUGUCCUGGCAUCUAUCCCUGCUGUGUCACCUGCCCCUUGGGUGGAAGAGAUCCCUUCCUUGUGCCUCCCAGGGGGGGACAGCCACCAUCUGUCGCCUUAACCAAGCAUGGCCUCCAGGCUGUGCACAUACUUUGUGUCUGUGGGUGCCCAAAACUCUGAAUCAGCUCAGGAUGGGACUUUGCCCCUCAAAACACUAACCCUGGCUGAGAGCCAGCAGGGUCCCUGGCCAAGUGGGGGGGUGCACUCUGCUCACAGCCCCAUGCCCAUGUGAGCUCAGCGGAGGGCUUCCAGCUCUGUUCUGUUCCCAGCAUAAUCUGUGUCCCCAGGCCACCAGCCCACAGUACAUCUCUCCUUACCCCUCCAACUGGCAGCCCUGUGCACGGGCUACAUUGUCUUUUGUCACCCCAAAAGAGAUGGCAGUAAUAAACAUCGUCAUCCCACCUG